CUCGCCCUGCUCGCGGCCGGCGCCGCCCUCAGCUGGGAUCUCCCGCAGCCGCGCCUGCGGGGCAGCAGAAUCCGGGUGCACCCGCGGGGCAACCUCUGGGCCACCGGGCACUUCAUGGGCAAGAAGAGUCUGGAGCCCCCUAGCCCAUCCCUACAGGGGACAGCUCCCCACAUCCACCUGGGGGACCAGAGACUGCAGCUGAGUCAUGAUCUGCUCAGGAUCCUCCUGCUGAAGAAAGCUCUGGGCGUGAGCCCCCGAGGCCCGGCACCUCACACCCAGGAGGCCGCUGGUGCAAAUGCUGCAGGAGUGACGCCGUUAGUGAGGACACAGCGCCAAGGCUCAGACUGUGCCCACCCGGGAAAGAUGCUGAAUGGGACCCUGGCGGUGGCCCCAUUUGGAUGUAAAUCCUGGGCUGGAAUCUCUGUUGCUCCAUUACUGUGAUUUCUGGUCGGGCCACCAGGCAUGUCGCCAAUGCAGACACAAGUUAUGUUCCUGCUGAAGUUGUGAAUAAAACCCUGCUCUUUACACAGAA